GCUAUUAGGCAAAUCCCUCGUUCUUCCAUCCCUUAUUUUCCGACCAAAUAACAAAACAAAAGUUUCUUUCUUUUAUUUUACAUCACAGAUCUUAUUGGUUGCAAAUCAUUUUCAUUUUCUGGAUUUCGUUCCUUCUCUGUAAUGGGUUCGUUUGAAGUUUUCGAUUUGCACGCCACCCUUCUGAAAAAAUCGAAACUUUGUUCUUUGGCUUAUUGAUUUGUUGUUGUGUGAAGAAGACUCCUUCUUUGCAUAUACUCUUAUCAACCCGAGUAGAGAUUUUACUUGUUCUGUAUUCUGUGAGUGAUCAGAUUCUAUAUCGUUGGAGAAGAGAACGAAGUAUUAUAUUACGAGGGAUUUGACUUUCACCUGUGUGAUCAUUAGGAAAUGAGAUCAGAUCAGAUCAGAUCCUGAUGUGGAAAGCUUGAAUGUGAUUCUGGAGAAGUUGAUUUAGGAUUAGAGAUAUUUUUUGAUGGGUAAUGUUUGUGUUGGACCUACCAUUUCUGGAAACAGUUUCGUGCAAGCUGUUUCCGCUGCAAUAUGGCGGCCACGGAUUGGAGCUGAACAAGCCUCUUCACAUGGCAAAGGAGAAGCUUCCAAAGAAGCAGCUUCUUCUCAUGGCAAAGGAGAAGCUUCCAAAGAAGCAGCUUCUUCCCAUGGCAAAGCAGAAGUUUCCAAAGAAGCAUCAUCUUCAGAACCAUUACCUGAUCAGGUUCAGAAUAAACCCCCUGAGCAAGUCACAAUGUCAAAUCCAAGAACCAUUCCAGAAGCCGAAACCAAAUCCAAACCUGAAGAAGUCAAGCAGGAAGUUGUUGUGCAGGUGGAGACUACAAAGCCAGAAACAAAGAGUGAAACCAAACCAGAGACGAAACCUGAUCCCAACAAGCCUAAACACAUGAGGAGAGUGUCCAGUGCAGGGCUUAGAACUGAGUCAGUGUUACAGAGGAAGACUGAAAACUUCAAAGAGUUCUAUUCACUAGGAAGGAAACUCGGACAAGGGCAAUUUGGGACAACGUUUUUGUGCGUCGAGAAAGGCACAGGGAAGGAGUACGCGUGCAAGUCCAUUUCCAAGAGGAAGCUUUUAACAGACGAAGACGUUGAAGACGUGAGAAGAGAGAUUCAGAUAAUGCAUCACUUGGCUGGUCAUCCGAAUGUUAUAUCCAUCAAAGGAGCUUAUGAGGAUGUUGUGGCGGUGCAUCUCGUGAUGGAGUUGUGUUCUGGUGGCGAGCUUUUCGACAGAAUUAUCCAGCGUGGACAUUACACUGAGAGGAAAGCUGCUGAGCUUGCGAGAACUAUUGUUGGGGUUUUAGAGACUUGUCAUUCUCUUGGUGUUAUGCAUAGAGACCUCAAGCCUGAGAACUUUCUGUUUGUUAGUAAAGAGGAGGAUUCUCUGUUGAAGACUAUUGACUUUGGACUCUCAAUGUUCUUUAAACCAGAUGAGAUUUUUACAGAUGUGGUUGGUAGUCCUUAUUAUGUAGCUCCAGAAGUUCUUAGAAAGCGCUAUGGUUCUGAAUCAGAUGUGUGGAGUGCUGGUGUGAUUGUUUACAUUUUGUUAAGUGGUGUUCCUCCUUUCUGGGCUGAAACCGAACAAGGUAUAUUCGAACAGGUCCUUCAUGGAGAUCUUGACUUUUCAUCUGAUCCAUGGCCAAGCAUCUCUGAAGGCGCAAAGGACUUGGUGCAGAAAAUGCUUGUGCGUGACCCCAAGCGAAGACUAACUGCACAUCAAGUAUUGUGUCAUCCAUGGGUUCAAAUUGAUGGUGUGGCUCCAGAUAAACCAUUGGACUCUGCUGUUUUGAGCCGUAUGAAGCAAUUCUCUGCCAUGAACAAGUUCAAGAAAAUGGCUCUUAGAGUCAUAGCUGAAAGCUUAUCUGAAGAAGAAAUAGCCGGUUUGAAAGAAAUGUUCAAGAUGAUUGACGCAGACAAUAGUGGUCAGAUAACAUUCGAAGAACUUAAAGUAGGACUAAAACGAGUUGGUGCCAAUCUCAAAGAGUCAGAGAUUCUUGACCUUAUGCAAGCUGCUGAUGUGGACAAUAGCGGAACAAUAGACUACAAAGAGUUCAUAGCAGCAACGUUGCAUCUAAACAAGAUAGAGAGAGAGGACCAUUUGUUCGCCGCCUUCUCCUACUUUGACAAGGACGAUAGUGGAUUCAUCACCCAUGACGAGCUUCAGCAAGCUUGUGAGGAGUUUGGUGUUGAAGAUGCUCGCAUAGAAGAAAUGAUACGUGAUGUUGAUCAAGACAAGGAUGGAAGAAUAGACUACAACGAGUUUGUGGCAAUGAUGCAGAAAGGGAGCAUCAUGGGAGGAGGACCUAUGAAGAUGGGUUUAGAGAAGAGCAUUAGCAUCUCUUUAAAACAUUAGUUGUCAUAUACAAACCCAUAAGAUCAAGAAAUACUCAUGAUUCAUGAAUGAUGAUGAUUAUGUUUUUUUUUAUUUUCUCAAUAUUGUGAUGAGAGUUUUGUUAUUAUUAGGAAAAUCUUUACUGUACUGUGUACUUUUAUGCAUAUAAACAUUGUUUUUUUGGGUCUGUUA